AUGGCCCCGUGGCUGCAGCUCUGUUCUGUCUUCUUCACGGUCAAUGCUUGCCUCAACGGCUCGCAGUUGGCCGUGGCCGCAGGCGGUUCGGGACGCGCUCGGGGCGCAGACACCUGCGGCUGGAGGGGAGUGGGUCCGGCCAGCAGAAACAGCGGGCUGCACAACAUCACCUUCAGAUAUGACAACUGCACCACUUACUUGAACCCAAUGGGGAAGCACGUGAUUGCUGACGCCCAGAACAUCACCAUCAGUCAAUAUGCUUGCCACGACCAAGUGGCCAUCACCAUUCUUUGGUCUCCAGGGGCUCUUGGCAUUGAAUUCCUAAAAGGAUUUCGGAUAAUACUGGAGGAACUGAAGUCAGAGGGAAGGCAGUGCCAACAACUGAUUCUAAAGGACCCGAAGCAGCUCAACAGCAGCUUCAAAAGAACGGGAAUGGAAUCUCAACCUUUCCUGAAUAUGAAAUUUGAAACUGAUUACUUUGUAAAGAUUGUCCCUUUCCCGUCCAUUAAAAAUGAAAGCAAUUAUCACCCUUUCUUCUUCAGAACCCGAGCUUGUGACCUGUUGCUGCAGCCAGACAACCUGGCCUGCAAACCCUUCUGGAAGCCUCGGAACCUGAACGUCACCCAGCAUGGACCAGACAUCCAGGUGUCCUUUGACCACGCACCCCACAACUUCGGUUUCCGCUUCUUCUACCUUCAUUACAAGCUGAAGCAUGAAGGGCCCUUUAAGCGAAAGUCUUGUAGGCAGGAACGAAAUACAGACAUAACCAGCUGCCUCCUUCAAAAUGUCUCUCCAGGGGAUUAUAUAAUUGAGCUGGUGGACGACACCAACACAACAAGAAAAGUGAUGCAUUAUGCCUUAAAGCCAGUGCACUCCCCGUGGGCCGGGCCCAUCAGAGCUGUUGCCAUCACUGUGCCGCUGGUCGUCAUAUCAGCAUUCGCCACGCUCUUCACCGUGAUGUGUCGCAAGAAGCAACAAGAAAAUAUAUAUUCACAUUUAGAUGAAGAGAGCUCAGAGUCCUCUGCGUAUGCCGCAGCACUCCCCAGAGAGAGGCUCCGGCCGAGACCAAAGGUCUUCCUCUGCUAUUCGAGCAAAGACUGCCAGAACCACGUGAAUGUCGUCCAGUGCUUCGCUUACUUCCUGCAGGACUUCUGUGGCUGUGAGGUGACUCUGGACUUGUGGGAAGACUUUAACCUUUGCCGAGAAGGGCAGCGGGAGUGGGUCAUUCGAAAGAUCCAUGAGUCCCAGUUCAUCAUCGUGGUCUGUUCCAAAGGCAUGAAGUACUUUGUGGACAAGAAGAACUACAAGCACAAAGCGGGUGGCAGAGGCACGGGAAAGGGGGAGCUCUUCCUGGUGGCCAUGACGACCAUUGCUGAGAAGCUCCGCCAGGCCAAGCAGAGCGCCACUGCGCUCAGCAAGUUCAUCGCAGUUUACUUCGAUUACUCCUGUGAGGGGGACGUUCCUGGUGUCCUGGACCUGAGCACCAAGUACAAACUUAUGGACCACCUCCCCCAGCUCUGCUCCCACCUGCACUCCCGAGACCUCGGCAUGCAGGAACCUGGACCCUACUCUGGCCACAUCAGCAGGCGGAACUACUUCCGGAGCAAAUCGGGCCGGUCCCUGUACGUCGCCAUCUGCAACAUGCACCAGUUUAUUGAUGAGGAGCCUGACUGGUUUGAGAAGCAGUACAUUCCCUUCCUUCCUCCCUCACUCCGCUCCCGGGAGCCAGUGCUGGAGAAGUUUGACUCGGGCUUGGUUUUAAAUGAUGUCAUGUGCAAACCAGGGACUGAGAGCAGUUACUGCCUGAAGGCCGAGGCAGCCGUGCUCGGGGCAGCUGCACUGUCCAGCUCACGCUUGGGGAGUCAGCCUCUAAGCCUGGACGAAGACACUGAGGCCCGAACUGCCCCAGAGGGCAGCUCUGUCCUGCGGCCCCUGCUACACAUGGUGAAGGCAGCCAGCCCUUCGGACAUGCCUCGGGACUCGGGCAUCUACGACUCAUCUGUGCCCUCGUCUGAGCUGUCCCUGCCUCUGAUGGAAGGCCUCUCACCAGACCAAACAGAAACCUCUUCUUUGACAGAGAGUAUGUCUUCCUCCUCAGGCCUGGGUGAGGAAGAGCCUCCUUCCCUUCCCUCCAAGCUCCUGUCCUCUGGGGCAUGCACAGCAGACCUGGGGUGCCACAGCUACACUGAUGAACUCCGCACGGUCGCCCCUUUAUAA